AUGAUGCAUCCGAUAAAUACGAUCAUAUUUCUCCUUCUAACGACCUGUAUUCACCUAAUCAAUACUACUGAGAUAGGUUAUCCAACUGUUGAGCAAGCGGGUUUUCAUCACAAUGCUCUGCUCUAUAUCGACGGGAUUCAUUCGCCCGAGAAAUUGAUAUUUUGGCUCACUGGUUCGUAUAAUACACUCGAUUCUCGUCGUGUAAUUUUUGACACAGUAACCAUAAUCGUUGAACGUACACCAUUUAAUUCUGUUACGGCAUAUUCGACAAAUAAACAAGAUUGGUCGUGGUUUCUCGAGACGAAACUUGCUGGUGAACAUGGAAUCCUCUCGAAUUUGACUCAAGCUCUGAAUCGAUUAGAGCCAACAGCGAAACCUUUACAAGUCGUUGUCAUGUUACCUUAUGUUGAUCCGGUUGAUCAACAAGCCUUUUCUCCAACGUUAAACCUUGCCAAUUCAAAUCAUCGUCAACAAGCCAUUCAGUGGUAUGUCCAAACAGUGAAAGACAACGUCGAACGAUAUCCAAAAUUACUCCUCUGGGGAAUUUAUCUUAUGCGGGAAGAUAUUUCCUUAGGUAUCAACGAAGAAAUCACUAGAGAAAUCAGUGAAAUAGUACACUCCCAUCAAUUACGUUUACUUUGGAUUCCAUACACAAGUGCAGUCAAUUGGAAUAACUGGUCAAAACUCGGUAUCGAUGUCGCUAUUCUACAACCCGGCUAUGCUUUUACGUCACCAUUGAUGCAAGGAACAUUCAAUGCUGGUCGAGUGCGAGCAACCGCAAAACUUGCUCGAAAAUACGGUUUAGGCGUCGAAAUUGAAAGCAAUCAAGGUGCAAGUACCGAAUAUGAAAUAGGACUCUUACAAAAUUAUUUAGCUCAAGGUUUUAUUGAUGGCUAUCAAUUUGUACCUACCGCUUAUUUUCUCGGUAAUUAUGAUACAAUCGCACGAUCAAAAAGAGCAUGUGAUCUUCUUCGCAACUAUACGUCCGGUCAACCAAUUCAGCCAACAUUUCUAACAAAUCUCCCAUGGUCAUGGACAUCUGAUCCAACACUUCAAGCAACGAUCAAUGUUUCAGCUCCCGUCACUCCGCAAGCUGUUCGAAUUAACUGGUCGUCAAGACAUCGAAAUUGGUUGGGUAACGUUAAGGUCGAAGGUUAUAUAGAAGAAGAUCACAGUUAUGUAUGGAAACUAUUGAGUAGUACUGAAGUUGGUGAAAAAAAUUGGCGUGAUGAAGAUUGGACGAGUACAUUACUGCCAUUUACGUUAUUGUCAUCACAAAAGAUUUUGUCAAUACGGAUAUCAUUUACUAGUUAUUUUUUUACACCUUCAUUCACUAAUGAAGAUCUUAUUAUUGAACAGAUGCCAAAUGGCAUUUCUCUUCAUACAAGUACAGGUGCUCCGUACCGUAUAAUACCAUCUAUGUAUACUUACGAUGCUCAAUAUGGUGAUUCAACUAGUCAAACAUUAUCUCAUUUUCAUCGUGGUUUACUUACGGAUAGACAGUGGUCAAGUGCGGAAUGGGAAUCCACAAUGUCUAUCGGCUGGAUUAAUGAUAUGUCUACUCAUCCUUAUAUUCGUAUUGCAAUCGAUUUUGGUGAAAUCAUGCAUAUUGAUCAAAUUUUAGUUCGUACUCAUGGUGGUAAUUCUGCAAGUGUUAAUUGGCCUAACAUGGCCCGUUUACUGAUCAGUAUGACGUGUGUACCAUUUUCCUCAUAUAGUUCGACGAACUGUCCUGUGAAAAGUUAUCCAUGCACCGACCGAGUCAUUACAGGUGGUACGGAUACAAAUCAAGGAGGUAUUUUAUCAUUUACAUUUUCGAAUACUCUUCGUUGGGCAACAUUAGAAUUUCAAUCCAACGGUUGGUUGAUGAUCGAUGAAUUACAAGCUUUUGUUAACGGACGUGAUGUUUCUAACUUCAUACAAUAUUAUCUUCUUACACCACCUACGUCAAAACCUUCAACUGCUGGUGUUUCGUAUUCGGACAAUGGCAUUCGUCUGACUGAUGGUGUUAUUGCUGGAACAAUGGGACCAUUAACAGGAUGGAUUAAAGGCGAAUCUCGUUCGAUUAUCGUUGACUUAUUGAAUACGCGAACUAUUCGUGAAACGUCCGUGUGGGCGCUGAUUCAAUUAGACUGGGCAAUUAGUCCACCAUCGUCGAUCAUUGUUAGUACUAGUCUAGAUGGUAAAACAUGGGAUCUAUUUGAUCGACAAGGACAAAUGAGAACAGGUGAACGUGUAUUAGAUGCACAACGUUUAUUCUUGAUUGCAGAUCAGGCAAGACAAGCUCGAUAUGUGAAAUUUGACUUUCCUGUUGACCAACUUACUCCUGGUUGGUGGACAAUGCUCUCUGAAGUAUCUGCUACAGAUUGA